GCUUCUUGCAAGUGAGAUCGAGAUGGGUGGUUUUCUGAGAAUACUAGUUGCGACAACUUUACUUCUUCUUUCGGUGUAUUCUGUUGCUGGCACCACCAGGAGCUAGGAGUUUAAUAUCCAGCUGCAAAAUAUGACAAGACUUUGCCACACGAGGAGCAUGGUGACAGUGAACGAGAAAUUUCCAGGUCCACGUAUUGUAGCUAGGGAGGGUGACCGCUUGCUUAUCAAAGUUAACAACCAGGUCUCCAAUAAUAUUACAAUCCAUUGGCAUGGUAUUCGUCAGCUACGGAGUGGAUGGGCAGACGGGCCCGCUUACAUAACACAAUGCCCCAUUCAAACGGGACAGAGUUAUGUGUACAACUAUACGGUGGUUGGACAAAGAGGAACUUUGUUUUGGCAUGCACAUAUAUCAUGGCUACGAGCGAGUCUCUAUGGCCCUCUUGUCAUUCUCCCAAAGCUUAAUGUCCCAUACCCUUUUUCAAAGCCCUAUAAAGAAGUUCCCAUCAUCUUUGGGGAGUGGUUUAAUACUGAUCCAGAAGCCAUAAUUGCCCAAGCAACACAAACUGGUGGAGGUCCAAAUGUGUCUAAUGCCUAUACCUUUAAACGGACAUUUGCUGGUCUUCAAGAGAUGCUCUGAUAUAGGUGUUCAAGAUUCACUAUCUUUGGGACGAAUUGAAUCUGGUUCAAACUUCUAUUUAUUUCUUGAUCACUUGAUCAUGUUUUGGCUUUUGAAUAUCAUUUAUUUGUUCUAUUGUAGGUCCAACAAGAUGUUAUCCAAGACAGAUCAAGACUUAAAAUCCCAGAUUUCGCUAUAUCCAACAGGAGACUGUUAGUGUACUUUUGUAUGUCCAUAGUUAUAAAUCUAAAUGUACAUAACGUGUAACAGACUUAAGUAAGUAAGUGUUCCAGACAGAGUUUUCACUAGGGUUUGGCCCAGAGGUUUCGGUAGGUUUCGUGAAGUUGAAGUUGUAGAUGUAUCACACAUCAUUAUGAUUGAUGUAUGAUAUGAUGAUUUCUUGAAGCUUUUCAAAACCUACAGAGGGCAUGGCAAUGAUGACAUUAUAUAGAUGGACGCAUGUAUGGAGUAAUGCGCAUGGAAGUGGAAACGUAGGAGUCCUACGUAAGAGUAAAAAGCACAGAACUCAUGCACAUCAGACACUCCUACGUGGAUUCUUAAACUCUAUAUAUAUGGUCAUACGCUAAGAACUUCUUAUAAUUUCCGAAACCGAUAUAUAUGGUCAUACGCUAAGAACUUCUUAUAAUCAAAUGGUGUUUAUAGUCCUUAUUUCCCGAUCAGCCCCUUACAUUGGUUUAACUAUACUGGGACUCCUCCAAAUAAUACCUUUGUGAGCAAUGGCACAAAACUUAUGGUUCUUCCAUUUAAUACUAGUGUUGAGUUAGUGUUGCAAGAUACCAGCAUUCUUGGCGUUGAAAGCCACCCUCUUCAUCUCCAUGGCUUCAACUUCUUUGUUGUUGGUCAAGGGUUUGGAAACUAUGACCCUAACAAGGACCCAAAGAACUUCAACCUUGUGGACCCUAUUGAAAGAAACACGGUUGGGGUCCCUACCGGCGGGUGGGUUGCUUUAUGAUUUCUUGCUGAUAACCCAGGGGUAUGGUUCAUGCAUUGCCAUUUAGAAGUUCAUACAAGUUGGGGUUUGAAGAUGGCUUGGCUAGUCUUGGAUGGAAAACUUCCAAACCAAAAGCUUUUACCUCCACCGGCUGAUCUUCCAAAGUGCUAAACUUUCUUUUCGGCGGCUUCACUUCAAUUCUUUUUUUAUUUUUUUUAUUUUAGCAUUCAAUUUUAUCGGAUACGUAUUGACUAGCAACGAGAAGAAGGCUUUUGCUGUUGUUAAAUUGUUAUAAAUAUAUCAUGAAACAUCCUUAAUAAAA